AUGGUGAUGAAGCAUCUCCCGGUCCUGCUGUGGCUGUGUGCAGCGCUGUGCUCGUCCUAUCCACUGCACAGCAGGGCAAGGGAUAAAGACACCGGCAUGGAGCUUCUUCAGAAAUACUUAGAAAACUACUAUGGCCUUGCAAAAGAUGGAAAGCAGUUCAUUAGGAAAAUGGACAGUAGUCCUGUGGUCAAAAAAAUCCAAGAAAUGCAGAAGUUCCUCGGGCUGGAGAUGACAGGGAAGCUGGACUCCAGCACUAUGGAUGUGAUGCUGAAACCCAGGUGUGGCGUCCCCGACGUUGGUGGCUUCACUACCUUUCCAGGGUCACCAAAGUGGAGGAAAACCCACCUCACCUACAGGAUUGUGAAUUAUACACCAGAUUUACCAGAAGAGAGUGUGGAUUCUGCCAUUGAGAAAGCGCUGAAAGUCUGGGAGGAGGUGACCCCGCUCACCUUCUCCAGGCUCUCUGAAGGAGAGGCUGACAUCAUGAUCUCCUUCGCAGUUGGAGAACAUGGGGACUUCGUCCCUUUUGAUGGGCCUGGAAUAGUCUUGGCUCAUGCAUAUGCACCCGGGCUGGGGAUUAAUGGAGAUGCUCACUUUGAUGAUGAUGAGCAGUGGACAGAGGACACGACAGGUACCAACUUAUUCCUGGUUGCUGCUCAUGAACUUGGCCACUCCCUGGGUCUCUUUCACUCAGCCAACACUAAAGCCUUGAUGUACCCAGUCUACAAGUCCUCCACAGACCUGGCCCACUUUCGUCUCUCUCAAGAUGAUGUAGAAGGAAUUCAGUCCCUCUAUGGACCUCUGCCAGCAUCCCCUCAUGUCCCUGUGGUACCCACCACAUCCAGCUCUCCAGAACCUGAGUCACUGAUGUGCAGUCCCACUUUGUCCUUUGAUGCAGUCACCACCCUUCGAGGAGAAUUCUUGUUUUUCAAAGACAGGCAUUUUUGGCGAAAAUCUUUGAGGAGCCCCGAGCCUGGCUUUUAUUUGAUCUCUUCAUUUUGGCCAUCCCUUCCUUCCAGCAUGGAUGCUGCAUAUGAGGUUACUAACAGAGACACUGUUUUCAUUUUUAAAGGAAAUCAGUUCUGGGCUGUCCGAGGUCAUGAAGAGCAAGCAGGUUAUCCUAAAAGUAUCCAUACUUUGGGUCUCCCUGAAACUGUUGGGAAGAUCGAUGCUGCAGUUUCUGAUAAGGUGAAGAAGAAGACAUACUUCUUUGUAGAGGACAAAUACUGGAGAUUUGAUGAGAAGAAACAAUCCAUGGAGCCAGGAUUUCCCAGGAUAAUAGCUGAGGACUUUCCAGGUGUUGACUCAAAUGUGGAUGCUGCCUUCGCAGCAUUUGGGUUUUUCUAUUUCUUCAGUGGAUCUUCACAGUUGGAGUUUGACCCCAAUGCAAAGAAAGUGACCCAUGUAUUGAAGAGUAACACUUGGUUUAAUUGUUAG